AUGCUUCGACAGUCAACAGGAGAUGGACUUCCUAUCAGCAACAUCAUCAGCUCGAUCGUAUACAUCCAGAAUCCCAAAGAACCCCAGAACCUCAUCAAGACUCUCAUCAAGACUCCAUCCCAACAGCCGGCCACCAUGAAAUCAUCACUCUCCCUCCCCCUGGUGCUCGCCGCCCUCUCCGCCGCUUCACCAGCCAAGCGCGCAACCAACCAAACCUUUACCCCCAACUGCCACGACCUAAUGCUCAACGUCUCCGUCACAGCCACCAACUACAAACUCGACGUCCCUCGCGUCGACAGCAACGCCGACGUGGGCAGGUUAGUCGACGAGUUGGACAGACGCACGGCUCCAAACACCACUCAGCGCAUCAUUGGCAAGCUCAACAUCACCGACACGUUCUCCAUAUACGCCCAGCUCUGCCUCCCGGAGCCUGCGCAGGAUAAACACGUCCUGCAGAUCCUCUCACAUGGAGGCGCCUUCGAUCAUAGGUACUUUGCCGCCGAGAUCGAUCCAGCGCAAUACUCGUACGUCUAUGCGGCCGUGAUGGCUGGAUACACCGUCUUGAACUACGACCGCCUCGGCAACGGGCUGUCGCAGAAACCGGACGCGUACGACAUCGUGCAAGGCGCUGUGUCAAUCGAAAUCCUCCACAGCCUGACAAAAAUGGCUCGAGACGGCACCCUGCUGUCGGCGUCAAUAGCAGGAUAUCCAAGCCUCCCAAGUACGCUGCCUCCUUUGGCGCCCUUUGAUAAAGUCGUCCACGUCGGCCACAGCCUGGGUUCGCAGACCACCGCCGCCUUCCUGAAGAGGUACGGCGCCGAGUCCUCGGGCGCAAUCCUCACGGGCUUCACCUUCCCCCUGCACUCGGCACUCGGGCCGGCGGGUAUCUAUAGCUUCGAGUACGCCGCGUCCAACAAUCCCGCACUCUACGGCGCCCUGGGCAGCGGCUACAUCGUCCCCUCGUCCCCGACGGUCCUGCAGAGCCUCUUCUUCCACCGUAACGGCACUUCCGACCCGACCGGCUUCACGGACGAGGCUCUCGCGUACGGCGAGAGCAUCAAGCAGCCCUUUGCCAUCGGCGAUGCCUUGUCCGCGCGAGGUCUCCUGGAUUUCGGAUACUCGCCGAGCUUUGCCGGGCCGCUGCAGUUCUUCCUCGGGGAGUUCGACUACCUUGUGUGUGGGGGCGACUGCAAGGGCAAUUUCGACCCGGAUUAUCCCAAGUCCGUCUAUCCAAACGCCACGGCCAUAGAGACGUAUGUACAGCCUGGGGCGGGGCACGGAAACGUGCUGCAUCUGAAUGCGAAUGCUGGGUACGCUGUUUCCCUUAAGUUCUUAGAGGAGAAUGGGCUGUAG